AUGAAUGUUCUAAACCCAAUUGAGAGAAGGAUCCCAAAUCCUCCUCCGAAGAACUUGGACUAUUCUAGAAGAUGUGAAUAUUGUUCUGAUGCCCCAGGGCAUAACACGAAGAAAUAUUGGUAUCUAAAAAUAGCUAUUCAAGAGUUGAUUAAUACCCAACAGAUCAUGGUAGAAAGUUCAGACGCUCCAAAUGUCAAUCAAAAUCCACUGCCAGAUCAUAAUAAAACAAAUAUGCUUGAAGUGAUACUCAGUGGUGAAGAUGCUAUGAUUUUGUUUAAACCGAUCAUUAAAAUUAAAACUGAUUCAGAAAAAUCAGCAAAUGUUGUGGAUUUGACAAAAGAAAAGCCUGCAGAAGCGGAGGUGGUGAUAACAAAACCCGAAUCAUCGAAUGUUCCCUUGGUGGUAGGGAAAGAAAUUUCAGAAAAUAUUGGGUCAAGUCAAAUAAAUCCAAAACUCAUUAUUCCCGAAAGAUCCAAUAAGCCUUUUUUAAUCAUAAAAGGAGCUCCCAUAGCUUCUAUUGUUAUUAAACCAGUGUCACAGCUGCCUAUGGUUGAUACCAAGGUAGUCCCUUGGAAUUAUGAUCACGUUGUGGUGAUGCACAAGGGGAAAGAAGUGACUGAAGAUAUAGAUGAAGUAGGGGGAUUAACUCAAUUUGGAAGAUAUUAUGCUCCAGUAGAGUUAAGAAAGAAUAAAAAAGGCAAUGAAGAACGAAUGACGGUCAAAAAGCCUGUUACUGAUGAAGAAGCUGAAGAAUUCUUAAAGAAAAUGAAAUUGCCAGAACAUUUUGUUGUAGAACAGUUGAAGAAGACACCAACACAUAUUUCUUUGUUGUCUUCAUUGAUGCAUUCAGAAGUACACCGUAAGGCUAUAAUGAAGAUUCUUAAUGAAGCAUGUGUUCCCAGUGAAAUUAAAGUGAAUCAACUAGAAAAAGUUGUUGAAAGGAUCCUUAAAGCAAAUAAGAUUACUUUCUCAGACGAUGAAUUGCCUGUGGAAGGUACUGAACAUAAUAAGGGUCUCUACAUUACUGUGAAAUGUGAGCAUUCUAUCGUCACUCGAGUGUUAAUUGAUGGAGGAUCAGGCGCUAACAUUUGUCCUAUUUCAACUUUGCAAAUGUUGAAUAUUAAUGUAGAAAGAAUCCGACCUAAUAAUGUAUGCGUUAAGGGUUUUGACGGAUCAAAAAUCGAUGCCAUUGGUGAAAUAGAAUUCAUAUUGACAAUCGGUCCUGUGGAUUUUGCUAUGGAUUACCAAGUGCUGAACAUUGAUGCUUCAUAUAAUAUGUUAUUGGUAAGGCCAUGGAUUCAUAGGGCUAAAGCAGUCGCAUCAACGUUGCAUCAAAUGCUAAAUUCGAAUGAGACAGGCAAGAGAUAG